AUGACAUCGGACAAUGGACCCAGUUUCCUCCUAGCUGAACAGAUUUUUCAUGACGCAGUGAUAAAGGUAAUCAACGACGUUUCGUUUGCACAGUCAAUGGCAACGAAAGGGAUUGUGUGGAAGACAAUAACGCCGUAUGCUCCGUGGCGGGGAGCUCUGUACGAACGGCUGAUCAAGUCGAUCAAACACAGCCUUUACAAAGUCAUGCAGCGAACCGUCCCAACACAAGAAACCCUGCACACUCUUCUGGUGGAAAUUGAGAGUAAUCUCAGCAGCCGACCCCUGACAUAUCAGGAAGAAAAAUGGGAGGAGACACCUGCAUUGCGGCCAAUCGAUUUUGUACAGCGCGAUAUGGUCAUCACCUACCCAUUCGAAUCCGUUGGACAAGACGAAGAAGACGCUACCUAUUGUCGUGCCCGGCACGACUUUCCCAGCCAGCCGGCCGCAGUUCUCGCGCGCCGCGUGGGAAACAUUGCCAGUGGCAAUGUAUUACGGUAG